AUGCCCUCUUUUGAAUUUACCGGCUGUGCCGCCUACUCGACUCCUUCGCCGCCGAUGGACUUUUCCUUUGACACGUCGUCCUUCUUCGACUUCACUCUCCCUAACACUGCCAAUGCAGACCUUGGUACUGUUGCCAACUCAAACUACAGCCAGUACAUGACCCCUCGUCCAGCCACACACUCACAUUCACACACUCGCUCGUCGUCUCGCGGGUCCACAUACUCGGCCAUUUCCACCGUCGAGUCUACCCCUGACUCUGCCUGCACCCGCCUCACUACGCCUCCCCGGGCCAGCCCCCCCAUUCACCAUCACGGUGCUCUCCUACUGCCCAAGAUCCGUUCGCAGGACCAGGAUAUCAACGUACCCCCACCAGUGUCCUACCGUCGCCAGAAGCAGCAGCAGCAGCACCAGGCGCGGGUCGCUACCCAAAAGGUUCGCCGGGCUACCUCGGCUGCCGCCCGAUCAAGCCAUGUCCGCAGCUACACCAACCCAGAGACCCUGACCAACAUGGCCUACGCUCACCUGGCCUUUUCUCCUACACCCACACCCCAGGACCACAAUCGUCGUCAGCAGCAGCAGCAGCAGCAGCAACAACAGGCUGACAGCCUGUCCAACUCACUCCUCUGCUCCCCCGCCAGCUUCGCUCCCAAUGCCGUCGCCACAACAUCCUCGGUCAACAACGACGACGAAGCCAGCAUCCACGGUCACAUUCGCCGCAGCAACAGUGUCGAUACCGCCGUCAUUGACAAGUACGGCUACCCCACUUACCGUCAAAUGCCACUUGUCCAGUCCGAGUUUUGCAUGGCGCCAGCCUACCUGGCCCAUCACAACCAAACUCCUUUUCAGCUGGGUGGCGGUGUCGACAUGACCACAGCUAGCAUGGCCACCACCGGAAUCACCACAGCUAGUCUGACACCGGAGCCUGAGGCUAUGCCGAGCACCACACUUGCUGCCUUCCUCACAAGCCCCAACCCCGCUGCCUCGCUCGUCCGCACCAUUUCCUUCCCCCACCGUGACCCUACUAUCAAGCACUUUUGGUGGGAUGUGCGUAAUGUGCGCUCAUGGUCCAGCUUCAACGCCGCUGCCAUCAUGGCCCUCCCCGGUGCCUCGGACCUCCUCACCACGCCUGUCCCAGCCCCGGUCCUGGCCCAGCCGGCGAUGCCUGCCCGCCACCCGGAGACUGAGGCUGCCCUGCACGCCAUAUACGCCUCAUACUACCUGCCCAAACUCAACUCAGCCCUGGCCCUCACGUCUGGGCGACCCCUGCAGCUGUCUGCGCCCUCAGCCCACUCCAGAGGCCACCCGGGCGACCUCGUCUUCACGGCCAACCCGGCUGGCGAAUCGUCGACGGCCUCGGCCAUAUUUGGCGGCAAGCCCACUGCUCGCGUUGUCGGCCUGGUCCGUACUUUUGACCGCUUCAACACGGGCAUGCGUGCUGAGAGCAACAUCAAGCGUGUCGAGUACCUGCGCGGCCUGGCCGCCCUGCACCACGCCAUGCGCGAGCACGGCUGCCGCUACGGCUUCAUCCUCACCGAGAUUGAGCUGGUCCUUGUACGCAACGGCACCGAGGCCACGCCAUUCUUCGGCGACUUGGAGAUCACCUCUGUCCAGCUUGCUACUGCCUCGGAGGUCUCAUAUUCCGACGCCAACGACAUGGACCCUGAAGGCCUGCCCCUGACGGCCUGCCUCGCCCUCUGGGGACUAUGCCAGCUCGCCAAUGCCUCCGGAGACCACCGACAGCACCAGCAGGCCCAGCCAGGCCACGCCCACUGGAGGUCCGAGAUUGGCGCCCCCGCCGAGGGAACCAGACGCAAAGCUCAUCCUAGGGACUCAUGGAUGCCCGCGCCACAGCUGGCCGAGAAGAGGGAGGCCAAGAGGAGUCGUGGGUGGGUGUUUCCCGAGGAUGCCGUUGGUCGAAAGGAGCUGGGCAAGAGGGGUGUCCGCUACAAUGGUGUCUGA